AUGCCAAUCCUCAAUUCGAAUACGCAGCUCGUAUUCACAGCGUCAACCUUCAUUCUUUGGAUUCUCUCUAUUCUUGCUAUCAUCCUCCAUAUUUCGGUCUUGAUCUCUGUUUCUUGGGGCUCAUUGGGUGUAACUGAAACCAUCCAUUUCGACUACAAAGAUUUCGGCACCUAUGUUCUUCCAGAGCAUCUCGACAAAUCCAGUUCCAAGUUAGCGCUAGCAUCUAGCGUUAUAUCUCUCAUCAUAUCUACAGCUUUUCUGGCAUUCUUCACGGGAUACUGGACCAAGAAUAAACGAGCAAGACUCGCAAUGAUCUAUGCUUACCUAUUCUCUCCUGUUUCAAUCUUUAGAUUGGCUCUGCUGUUCAAUACACUACUAUCCUUCAUCGCAGUGACAUAUCUCCACAUCUCAUACAUUCAAUCCGCAACAUACGAUCCGGAAUGCACUUAUCGCGGGCACUACCACGAAGGGACGUUCGAUUUCGAAGUUUGGACGUGUCAGGUUGUAAAGUAUUCGGGUACGUAUUCGGAUGGGAAGUGUAGGGAUGCGAGAGCGGGACGGGUGGUGCAGAUUCUGAGUUUUGUGGUUGCGGUUGUGGUGAUGGGAGCUGGAGGAGGGGAAUUGAGAGAGGAGGGGAGGAGGGGAGAGCGGGUUGGGCUGGAUGGGUUGGAUGGGGGUGUGAGAGAGAAAAGUGGUGGGGUGGCUUAUGUUAUAUGUGGAUAUCGUCAUGUUGGCUGA